AUGGCCUGGAACUGUAGGGGGCUUGGGAACUGGCAUACAGUUCGUGCUCUUGAGAAGGUAGUGUCUUCUGAAAAUCCCAGUUUUAUUUUUUUAAUGGAAACAAAAUUAGUUGUCUCUGAAAUGGAUGGUAUUAAGGAUGGGUUGAAAAGGUCCCAAGGGCUGGUUGUUCCGUGCAAGGGGCGUAGUGGGGGAUUAGCCUUGCUGUGGAAAAAGGAGUUGAAAGUGGAUGUCCAAUCUUUCUCCGACAGCCACAUUGACGCGAUAGUUGAUCAGGGGGUAAACGGAAAGCAAUGGAGAAUAACAGGUUUUUACGGAAACCCGGAAACGAGUAAAAGACAGGAAUCAUGGCUUUUGCUUAAACGGUUAUCCUCUCUUAACUCUCUGCCGUGGGUCUGCCUUGGUGACUUUAACAAGUUGAUGAAUAGUAGUGAAAAGGAGGGUGGCUGUACUCGACCGGCGAAACAAAUGGAAGCAUUCUGUGAUGCAAUUAAUACGUGUAACCUCCGUGACAUGGGGUAUUCAAGCCAAGACUUUACAUGGAGUAGACAUUUGGGCAGCAGAGGUUGGGUUAGGGAGCGACUUGACAGAGCUCUAGUCUCUACAAACUGGGCAGCCAGGUUUUCGAAAAUGCAACUCCACCAUAAACCUAACUCAUCCUCUGAUCAUUGUGUUCUAAUUCUCAAGGAUAUUCAGCAGAAAAGAAAGGGUGGGCGUCGUAAGAAAAUGUUCUGCUUCAAAGAAAUGUGGCUGAAAGAUAAAGCUUGUGUCGGGGUGAUAGAAGAUGCUUGGGAUAGAGGAAUGUACAAGGAUUCCUUUUCUCCUCUAUCUUCCUGUCUAGAUGAGUGUAAGUACUCCUUGUCUGACUGGAACAACAACUCUUUUGGGCAUGUGGGGAAAAAACUAGCGGCGCUGCAAGCUAGAUUGGAGGUGUUGGAAGGCAUGAGGGGGUCAUCUGAUACUCUGGAGGAGAUUGAGUGUAUUAGAACAGAGAUAAAAAAUUUAUUGGACACAGAGGAAAUCAUGUGGCGCCAAAGGUCCAGAAUUUUCUGGCUAAAACACGGGGAUAAAAACACUUCUUUUUUCCAUACUAAGGCUUCUAGCAGAUAUAACUGGAAUACUAUCCAUGGUGUGCUGGAUAAUUCUGGAAGCUGGCAAAGUGAAGAUGAGAGUAUUGAAAAAUCCUUUGUGGACUAUUUUGGGAGCCUAUUUACCUCGUCCAACCUUGUGGUAAGUGAGGAACUUAUCCAAGCUAUUCACGGAAAGGUGACGGAUCCAAUGAACGCUUUGCUCACUAGGAACUUUCAAGCUACAGAAGUGGAUUCUGCUCUAAAACACAUGUACCCCACCACGGCUCCAGGCCCAGACAGGAUGCCUCCAAUUUUUUACCAGAAAUUCUGGCCUAAGAUUUUACCUAAGCUAGUGUGUGAGAAUCAAAGUGCCUUUGUGGCUGAAAGGCUCAUUACAGAUAACGUGUUGGUGGCGUCGGAGACUAUGUAUCAUAUCAGCCAGAAAAGGAAGGGCCAGGUGGGGGAGAUGGCGUUGAAACUGGACAUGAGUAAGGCCUACGAUAGGGUCGAAUGGGGCUGCCUGGAACGGAUAAUGCUGAAAAUGGGUUUUGCAGAGAAAUGGGUAGCACUGGUCAUGAAGUGCAUCUGCUCAGUCUCUUAUGCCAUCAAAAUCAACGGGAUUCCUCGUGGACACAUCAUCCCUUCAAGAGGUUUACGCCAAGGGGACCCAUUGUCUCCUUACCUCUUCCUUAUUUGUGCGGAAGGCCUUUCGGCAAUGCUCCACAAGGCAGUGCAAAGAAAGAGUCUAAGUGGGAUCUUAGUUUGUAGAAGAGGGCCAAAAAUUUCCCAUCUCUUUUUUGUGAACGAAAGUAUAAUUUUUGGGAGAGCAACCGAAGCGAAGGGUGUGGAAAUCCUAAGAAUUCUCAAAGUGUAUGAAGCUUCUUCUGGGUAG